CGUGAUGUGUGGGACAUAAUGGUGGAUAGGUAGGGAACACACUUUAGCUCUGUAAGAGUCGCUCAUCAACUGUUGAUUAAUACCCAGUUGCAGUCUUGGACUCUUCGAUCCCGCUGCUUCGACGGCUGCCCGCGUAGACUGGACGACGCCCUGGACGGCAACAAAAUGCCUAAUAUCAAAAUAUUCAGCGGUAGCUCACAUCCGGACCUGUCUCAGAAAAUAGCAGAUCGCCUGGGUCUCGAGCUGGGCAAGGUUGUUACGAAGAAAUUUAGCAACCAAGAAACAUGCGUGGAGAUAGGAGAGAGUGUUCGUGGGGAAGAUGUCUACAUCGUGCAGAGUGGCUGUGGUGAGAUCAAUGACAAUUUGAUGGAGCUGCUGAUCAUGAUCAACGCCUGCAAGAUUGCUUCGGCCUCCAGAGUCACAGCUGUUAUCCCCUGCUUUCCCUAUGCCCGGCAAGACAAGAAGGACAAGGUGGGGAGCCGUGCUCCUAUCUCUGCCAAGCUGGUGGCCAACAUGUUGUCAGUUUCGGGCGCUGACCACAUUAUCACAAUGGACUUGCACGCCUCACAGAUACAGGGAUUCUUUGACAUCCCAGUUGAUAACCUGUACGCAGAGCCAGCUGUGCUGAAAUGGAUUAAAGAGAACAUCCCUGAAUGGAAAAACUGUAUCAUUGUCUCACCUGACGCAGGAGGAGCCAAGAGGGUCACCUCAAUAGCAGACAGACUGAAUGUGGAUUUUGCCCUUAUUCACAAGGAGAGGAAAAAAGCAAACGAGGUAGACCGCAUGGUUCUCGUCGGAGAUGUGACAGACCGGGUCGCCAUCCUAGUGGAUGAUAUGGCUGACACGUGUGGCACAAUCUGCCAUGCUGCCGACAAACUAAUUUCUGCUGGUGCCACCAAGGUGUAUGCCAUCCUAACCCAUGGCAUCUUCUCUGGCCCUGCUAUCUCACGCAUCAACAAUGCCUGCUUUGAAGCCGUGGUGGUCACCAAUACAAUUCCUCAGGAGGAGAAGAUGAAACAUUGUCCCAAAAUACAGGUUAUUGACAUCUCCAUGAUCCUUGCAGAGGCCAUCCGUAGAACUCACAACGGCGAGUCUGUGUCGUACCUGUUCAGCCAUGUCCCCUUGUAACAAAUGGCGUUUACCAUCAACUUGUGUGCUGUUACACCAAAUAAGAGAAGAGGGAAUCCCCCAGCCCAAACACUACCAUUAGCAAAGAUGUUCAGCCAACUAACCAUGGGGAAAAAAAAGGAAUGAACUGUCAUGUCUGUUACUAAUGCUGACCCCACUCACUUGAGUUCCUUCCCCCUUUGAGCAGCGUCCCUUCAUUUCUGGGGCACCCAAGCAAUGGCAAGCUACCAGUUUAGGCCAGCGUAUUUAUUGUACAUGGAUAAAUAAGACUUUAUCCACUGUGAACUUUGUCCCCCUUUCAUACCAUUUAGAUAAAGUGGCUCCCCUAACCAUUUCACCUCUCCAGGAGUCAUUUCAGUCUGUUGUCAAAGAGCUUGUAUAAAAAUAUCCCUGUUGAGGAGAAGCAUCUGGCACAUAAAGCUGUUACAGUGCUUUGCUUUUUUUUUUUUUUUUUGCUAUGAACGAAUGUAGUUUUUCCUGUUGCUCAUGUAACUCCUCUGCUGUUUGAAAGAAUAAAAUGAAGUGAAUGUGUAUUGAACUAGUUUACAGUGCCACCGAAGCUCCACUCAACCAAGAGUGCCUCAACAGUCUGAAAUGAAAAGACUUUUUCCUCCAGUCCCCCACGUCCUCUUUCACUUUAUUUUCUCACUGAAUGAAGAGCGUUCAUGUGUCUUAUCAGGCUGUAGAAAAUGUUUUGGGAUGUUUCUUUCAACUCUUGAGGUGCCCUCAUUGAGUGGGGUUUGCUCAGUGUCCAGGUUCUAUGUUGAAGAUCUUUCUAUAGAGAAGCUGUUGGGUUUUUAGCUUGGGGUCUCUGCAGGCUGGAGCUUCCUUCAGAAAUAUUCACCUGCUUUUUUUUUUUUUUUUUUUUUUUAAAUGUCCGGAGGAAGGAUUUGUCAUUAAUGUGCAUAUUCCAAACCUUUGUGUUUACUUUUUCAGUAGGUUGAAUGCACCAGUUAUCUUAGGAUGCAUUCUAAAUAAAGUUGAAUAUGUGUAAAAUCUUAAA